GAGGAAACCCACGCGGACACGGGGAGAACAUGCAAACUCCACACAGAAAGGCCCUUGCCGGCCACGGGGCUCGAACCCGGACCUUCUUGCUGUGAGGCGACAGCGCUAACCACUACACCACCGUGCCGUCUGGUUUAGUUUAUUUUUGGGGAAAUAACAUUAAAAACUUUUUUUGUAGUCACCUGAGGUUAUUGAUAAAUACAAAACAUAGAACUGAAGGAGGGUAUACUUUUCUUUUUCCCAUGACUGUGUUACUUUGGAAGUUUACAACUAUUUGCCAUUUUACAUAUUACAGUUUUUCUCCAUUGGUUUGGCUCAUUUCUUGAAACUGAGAUGACAUUCUCAAAACAACAUGGACAAAUCCCCAAACUAACUUGCAGUUUCUCACAACAGAAUGGCAUUUAUCAUUGCUUUCAUCAAUAUUUCAAAUGCUUUGUACAUGUCUCAAGCAUUUAGUACAUCCAUGCAAAUGGCUAUGUACAAGUAUCCUACAGUUAACACAAUCAGCCUACAUUUAGUACAUUUUUCAAAUGAAUGUAUCUUGCUGAUCUAUCCCAAUUGGUUGGUUCUCAGUGUAAUGGUCAUUGUCCUCAAAACACGUCAGCACAUUUUCAUCGUAUAAGUCAUCAUAUGCAGAAUAGUCUGCUCAAUUGUCAAAAUAGUGUUAGGAAAUUGGAAUAGAAUGCAGUACAUAUUUUGUAAGAUGUCAUAGUAAAUUUAGGUUAGUAGGUAAUAGGUGAAAUCAGUUUCUGACUAACGAAGGAGGAGUGUCCCACUUUGCAGGUGACCAAUCCAUCUGUUUGUUGAGUUACCUGACAGGUGUUAUCUAUGUUUUGGAGUGCUGGCAUUGCUGUAUAUAUACAGCUUGGCCUGGUGCUAGUACUUUUUCCUAUGUCAACAUGGAGAGAGAGCAAGUGCAUCAACCAGGGCAAUCUCCACUUGGAGGAAGAGGAGGUGGAGGAUUGAGGGUGCGUGGAGGUAGAGGAGAGGGAAGAGGAGGAGGAGGAGUGAGGGUUCGUGGUGGUGGAAUAGGAGGAAAUAGAGUUCGCAGACAUCAUGUUGUCCCAGAUGAAAUUCGGGCCACCAUUAUUGAUCAUGUCAUCAACCAUCGCCUCACAAUGGCAGAGGCAGGGCGCAGAGUGCAGCCUAACGUGCCACGCUCCACAGUUUCCUCCAUCAUUCAAACCUUUCGGCGGGAAAACAGGUAUGCACUCAGGCAAUGACAACUGUUUGACUGUGUGUGUGUGUGUGUGUGUGUGUGUGUGUGUGUUUAGACCCAGGCUGAAAAUCUUACCUCGAUGUGAAGUCACAGUAUUAUACAGUUCACUACUGUAGAAUGACAAAGGAAAUACUGUUGUAAAUUGGACAAAAUACAGCAAGAAUUCGCAAUAGAAUGGCAGUGCAAUUGAUUGGCCGACAACCUCAUGCGAGUGGAAGAAGAAAACUUCUAACCGAUCGCCAAGAACAGGAGAUCUGUAACAUGGUGAUAGCAAAUAAUGCCAUAACACUGACACAGAUCCGGGAUGCAGUCCUCCAAAACAAUGGCAUCUUCCAAAACAUCAACUCCAUCAGCAUAUCAACAAUAGACCGGGUUCUGAAGAAGAACCUAAUCACCAUGAAACAGAUAUACAGAGUACCAUUUGAUAGGAACACUGCCAGAGUAAAAGAGCUGUGGUACCAGUAUGUGCAGAGAAUCCUGGCACUGGAGGGGAGUGAAACACCACACAUCCUAGUGUUUGUUGAUGAGGCAGGCUUCAACCUGGCCAAGGGCCGCAGGCGUGGCCGAAACAUCAUUGGCCAGCGGGCCACAGUGGAUGUCCCAGGCCAGCGGGGGGGAAAUAUAACCAUGUGCGCGGCUAUUUCAGAAAAUGGUGUGGCCACCCACACUGCAAGCUUGGGCCCUUAUAACACAGAGAAACUCCUCCGUUUCCUGGACCAACUAUAUGUAUAUUUGGUCCCAGAAAAUGAGGGGGGUCUCGAAGGGCCCCACCUACCCCAGUUUGUCAUUGUAUGGGACAAUGUUAAUUUCCACCGUGGUCCACGCAUCCGGGCAUGGUUCAACAUGCAUCCAAGAAUGCAUAAUGUCUUGUUACCACCAUAUUCUCCAUUCCUGAAUCCUAUCGAGGAGUUUUUUCUCUGCUUGGAGAUGGAGAGUAUAUGAACACCAUGCUGAAAACCAGAGGUCUCUCCUCAAUGCUAUGGAUGCUGCCUGUGAGGAUAUAACAGGUGAUCAGUGUAGAGGAUGGCUCAGGCAUUCAUGACGCUUCUUCCCACGCUGCAUCUCAAGAGAAAACAUCAGAUGUGAUGUUGAUGAGAAUCUGUGGCCGAACAGAGCACAGAGAAUGGAUGGCCAGGAAGAUGAGGAUGGUGACCAGGCGAGAGAGGGGAGUGACCGCGACUAAACAAAAUGUCUUCAUUUGUGACUCUUUAUUUACAGUAUUCAUUUUUUGUUUGUUUUUGUGGGUUUUUGUAUUUUGUGUACACAGUAUACACAGCGUAUACAUUUUCCUUUUUAUUGUUCCCUACCUACAGUAAUGUGUACAAUUCACGUUAGCUGAGAAUAAAAAUGAAAAUUCCUCGGCAGAA